UUUGACCCUCCCGGCCGGCCGCUCCGUCCACACUUCGGCUUCUUCCUCCUCUUGCCAAACAAAGAGGUAGCCAAGUACGCCACGCUAGGCUCCACCAUAAGUAGCAGCCGGAGGCAGCAGCUCGGGGGACAGAGCAAGCUAAGACACCACCGUACCACUUGAGAGAGAAGCAAGUGAGCGAGCAACCUGCCUGUUACUACUAGCAUGGACGGGGCGGCGGCGGCGAUUAGGCACCGGACGGUGGAGGCGAACGGCAUCGCGAUGCACGUGGCGGAGUCCGGCGCCGAGGGGAGCCCGCGGGCGGCGGUGGUGUUCCUGCACGGCUUCCCGGAGCUCUGGUACUCGUGGCGCCACCAGAUGGGGCACCUGGCCGCGCGGGGCUACCGCUGCGUGGCGCCCGACCUCCGCGGCUACGGCGGCACUGACGCGCCGCCCGACGUCGCCUCCUACUCCGCCUUCCACGUCGUCGGCGACGUCGUCGCGCUCCUCGACGCGCUCGGCCUCGGCAAGGUGUUCGUUGUGGGUCACGACUGGGGCGCCAUCAUCGCGUGGUACCUGUGCCUGUUCCGGCCGGACCGCGUGACGGCGCUGGUCAACACCAGCGUGGCCUUCAUGCGCCACAUCUUCAUCCGCGCCGCCGCCGUCAAGCCCACCGACUUCUUCAACCGCGCCUACGGGCCCACCUACUACAUCUGCCGCUUCCAGGAGCCUGGGGUUGCAGAGGAGGAGUUCUCUCCGGCCAACGCCCGCUACAUCGUGAGGCAGAUCCUGUGCAACCGCUUCACCUCCGAGGCGGCCGGCGGCGCCAAGCCGGCGGCGGCCGACGAGGAGCCGCUGCCGCCGUGGCUGACGGAGGCGGACGUGGACCAGUUCGCGUCGGAGUUCGAGCGGACAGGGUUCACGGGCGGCAUCAACUACUACCGCAACAUGGACCGGAACUGGGAGCUGGCGGCGCCGUGGGCGGACGCCAAGGUGGCGGUGCCCACCAGGUUCGUCGUCGGCGACGGCGACCUCACGUACCACUACCCGGGCAUCCAGGACUACAUCCACAAGGGCGGCUUCAAGGCCGACGUGCCGCUGCUGGAGGACGUCGUCGUCAUCCCCGGCGCCGGCCACUUCAUCCAGCAGGAGAAGGCUGACGAGGUCACCGAGCACAUCUACGACUUCAUCUCAAAGUUCUGAUGGAUCAGCUAGCUCUCGGUUGCGCGCUGGAAUUAAUCAAUCCGUUGGUCGACGAUGCCUAGACAUCACACGUAUAUGUAAUUGGGUGUUGUGUUUCGAAUUAUGCAUGGCCUGGAUGCAUGUUUGUUUAUUUGCAUUGGUUGUUAACUUUAAUCAACGUGUUCAAGUCACGGGCGCCAGUGGCUUUUGCUCGGCAAAACACAUUCAAGUUUAUUUGAAGCUCACAUGCAACUUGAAUUAAAAACAUACUGAAA